AUGCACGGUCCACAGAAAGAGGGACUCCAAGUACUUACGCUAGCUGAGAUGAAGUUCAAUCAAGGUGUCUUCGCUUCGGGAACUGCCGCCUGGCCGCCAUGUUGCUGCGGCACCCAAAACAAAGAGCUUCUCCCCACCCGCACCGGAACGUCACACCGAAAUCGAGAGCCCCCGGAUUACAGCACUUCCGUUUUCCAUCGUCAAGAACAAGCCCGCCAUACGAAUUGUAUUUUCCUUAUCAUGGCGCCCGGUCAGAAGGCGUAUCCGCGAGGUACCGUCAAGAAGAUCGUCAAGGCUCAUUCCAACUGCAACCUGAGCAAGAAUGUCGACGUCAUGAUCUAUCUCGACUACGUCCUGUUCAUGCAGACACUUGUGAAGGAAGCGGCCAUCGAGUCCAAGAAGUCUGGAGAGAAAGGCAUCACUGCACGCAGCGUGCAAAAAGUCACAUCGGACACUCUUACCAAAUUCAGAGGUUGA